CACUGAGUCGGGCGAAGAAUGGGAGAAUCCUCUGAUAAGCCUAAAGAGGAAAUCGAAGAAGAAAAAGGCAAGAUCCUUAGCAGUCAGUGUUAAUGAGACGUUUAUGGUUGCGCAUGAAGAGGAAAGAAGGGAUGAGAUACUAUUUUCCCAUUCUGAUCACGAGAGUGAGAGAGACAAAAUCAAGGAUGAUAUGCGCAAGGAAUACUGCACAGACUCUGAGGGCUCCAACAACCCCAGAAAAACAGGCCAGAAAAGGGGCGCUACCAGAGUGGUAAUUCGUCCUUCCAAAUUUAAAUUAUGAUCAGUCCUAUUAUUUUUUGGAAUAUUAGAGGAGUAGGCACUUCUUAUAGGAGGUUGAGGAAAAUUAUUAAGCAAUUUAGCCCUAAUAUCAUAGCUUUAGCUGAGCCCUUUUUGUUAGAGGAUAGAAUCCCGUCAUUCUUAGGAAGAUUUAGUUGCAAUUGUUUUGUCACAAAUGAGGUGCAUGGUGGUAAAAUUUGGUUGAUGUGGAAUUCACUGGUUUCGAUACAGUGGGUGGCGGGGUCUAAUCAGUUUAUUACUGUGAAAGUAGAGGAGAAUGGUCAUACGUUUCUACUAUCUAUUAUAUAUGCAAAGUGCAACCGUAAUGAUAGAAGAGAGCUUUGGGCGGAUUUGGAAAAUAUGGGGACUGCCAGAAUUCCUUGGGUUCUCUGUGGGGACUUUAAUAUCAUUAAGGACGAAUCAGAAAGAAGAGGUUUUGGCGCGCUCUACUUCGGAUCACUCCCCGUUGGUUAUUCAAAUGGGGGAGAACUUAUUCAGGUAUGGUCCUAGUCCUUUCCGCUUUCAAUAUAUGUGGACUGAUCAUUUGGAUUUCUAUAGUUUUGUGGAUGGAGUGUGGAAA